AUGGCAAUUACAACACGCCAAGUUCUUGCGAACACUCAGCCGCGUCCCGGGCCGAGUUGGGACGCUCUGAAACAAGAUGUUCGGGUGUGGGGAUUCUCGCAAGGAGUGAAUCCCGGCAGCCCUGACCUCUUCACAGCCGCCACGCUCCGACGGACAGAUCGACACGCGGCAGGACCCGUCCAGUCUCCCCGCUCGCCUAACAGCGCCGAGAGGAGCCGCUCGCCUCGCGCGCGGCCACUCACCCUCAUCGCCGAGUCCCGAUCGCAAACCGACGCCCCUGCUGUGGAUCCUGAAUUUCAAGCACCUCGGAGGGAGCACGUCAAGCUCGGCGGCAGCCCCGGCUCAGGCUCAGCAGCUGCCCGGAGCGCGCUGACAAUUCACCGACCCGCUCAGCGAAUGAGCCGGACAGCGGGGCUGAGGCGACAGGGCUCCGAGGGAGGCGGGGCCGGGCAGCACAGCGGAAGGCUGGCGGAGAGACGCGCCGGCGGCGGGGAAGUUGGCUGGGGUGAGGAGCUGGGGCCGCAAGGCUGGUGCUGUAGGGGCGGCUGUGGCCGGCCCCCGACGCCUUGGAAGCGAAGAGGCGGCCCCGGAAGACCCCUGGCUGAGAGAGGCCAGGGGCCAGCCGGAGUCUCCGCGUGUCGGCUCCCGGUGGAGCGAGAAGCCCAAGCCCCACGCGGACCGAGACUGGGCCGACACCGCCCACCCCUGGCGCCUGCAGGAGGUGCGGAACUUGGCGGCCCCAAAGGAGGUCCAGCGGUCGGAGGAAACCAGGUGCCAAAGAGGAGGAAAAAUCCACAAUGCAUACUUCUGGGGAUUUUCCACAUUGAUGGAAGAAAGUAUUCAGGAUACCAAGUGAAUCCCAUUGAAGGUCAGGGAGACGAGAAGAGACUAAAUAUAGCCAUGUAUAAACCAUCAGCACUGUCGAAAACAACUACAAGCUUCACAUCAACAGGAACGCUCGGCACCAGGAUCUACUUAAUAGUCACAGCAAGAAGACUUGGAGUCAUCCCAGAAUUCAUACUUUUCUCCUCUUCAGUCUUCCCCCUCCACCUCCAGUCAGUUGCAAAGUUUUGUCAUCCUGACUCCUAAAUAUCUCCUGACAUCUCUUUCUGUCUAACUCCCAUUCUGGUUCAAGUCCCUCCUCACUUGCUUGAGUAGGAGAUAAAUGAACUUACCAAACUGUUCCUCUUGACUUCUCUUGAAUGUGGUAGAAUGAUGUGCUCAUAAACUUUCUGGAUGUGUACCACAGUUGCUGGUCAUUUCCAGCCAUGCUUUCCGUCUCUGCUGGGUGGGAGUAACUAUGAUUUGCAUACCACAUGAUCCUGGUCCCCAUCACUGAUUGGGCCAGGGGUGGGUGCCUGAUCCAAGGGUGGCUCUUCCUGUAGGCUUGAUCAGCCAACAUGUGACUUGGGUGGCUGGUUGUAAAAUACAAGCUGAGUAAAGUUCAUCCUUUGGGAAGUUGUACAGAUGGCCAACAAGUACAUGAAAAAAUGCUCAACAUCCCUGAUUAUUAGAGAAAUGCAAAUCAAAACUACCAUGAGAUACCACCUCACACCAGUCAGUAU